UAAAUCUAACGACAAUCAGAAAUGUCUUAUAGAGCAAUAGUAGAAUUCUCCUUUAGCAUGGACUCCUUCAGGAAUGUAGGCAUGUUCCAGCAAGGAAUUUAUUUCCUCACAUAUGAGAUAUACUACUACAAAGAGAACAAGAAGAUUUACGCUACUCCUUAUGCCAACAUUCCAUUUAUCUAUUCUGAGGAUAAAGGCAAGGGAAUGAGAAACCUCCAGCCCAGUGAGAUUCUUGAAAACCAACCCAUUUUUAAAACCAGGUCUUUCUGUAUUAGGUACAGGCAUGAAGAAAUCCCUAUGAACGAAGUCUGACAGUUUAGGGCGGAAGUCGACACAGAUAAGGAAGGAAGUUACCUUGAUACUAAAUUUUACAUUGAAACUAACCUCUGCUUCUUACGGUAUAAGUUUACCUCGUCUGUUGGGUCAAAGUUUAUGAGGAAGUUUGUCCAAGAAAGAAGGAAUGACUUUAAAGUUGUCAGUACUCAAGAAUUCAAGAUUUCAGGGGCUCUAAAUGGAAUUACAAAAUACCUCCCGACUACAUUUAAAGGAGUUUACUUUAGUGUGGCCCACGGACUCCUCCACACUGCUCUCAUCGAUUUUAAAUGGAGAGAUAGCUGCCUUGCAGUCUUAGAUAUCGACAAAGAUUUUGAAGAGAAUGGGAUAUAUAUUGAAACCGAAAGGAAACUAACUGCAGAUGAGGCUGAUAAAAUGAUGCAGGAUUAUUCUUUUAGACCAGACUCUCUAAAGGACUACUUAUUCAGUAGCGAGGGUGACUUCUAUGUAGUAAAAUACAACAAGAAAACUCUGGAAUACAUCUUCGAUACGUUCAUAUCUCCCUUAAUCCUCAAUUGGGAGAAUCUCAAACGGAUGUAUGAAACUGUCCUGAGUGAAGAACGAGAAAGCAUCUCUAACAAAGCUGGAGCUCACUUCAAAAUUGAGAAAAACUGUGAAAACCUCGAGUUCUGAGGCCAUAAUUCUUGGAAAAGAUUCACUAAAGAAGAGGAUAAAAUUGAGGAUAAGGAGAAUUCAUACGUAGAGAAGGAACAAGCAGAUCUUGGCGAAGACUCUGAUGAAGAAGGUAAUUGUGAUGUAGGCGAAGAAUUCGGCUGUGUACAGAAAAUUUAUUCCAGUCAUGAAUCUUUUAAAGAAUUCUACCUGAACUAUACAGAUCUAAAAGAGGCCUUUGUGAAGUAUAUCUACACUAAAAAUCCAAAUACUUUGAUUAAAAAUAUAGAAAAUGAAUUCAGAAUUCUUGCUGGACAAAUCUUGCAGUGUAACUAUGAUCUCAUGAUGCUACUUGGUUCAGCCCCUGAAGAGAUUAGAGAACAUUUCAGAGAGAAAUACUGCCAAAGGCUCAAAGAAAAGGUUGAAGAUAGUGUCUUCCGUAGUCAUAUUUCAACUUCAGAUUUUGUAAUAAACAGUGAAAACGAUAGCAAGGAGCUUUACAAAAUUAUGGCUGAGAAACGAAGAUCUAAUAUUUAUGAAGAACUAAUUGAAGAUCCACCGAUCGAAGAUCUUACAAAUCUCACUCAUGAUACGACUCCAGUGAUGAUAGAGGAAAUAUUUACAAUGGAGGAGCACAAGACUGAAUUUCCUAGUGUAACCAGAGCUACUAAGAAAAGGCUAUAUAAAGAUGGGCUCCAUUUAUUUGUCCUUGCUCAUGGAUUCCAAGCUACUCAUAUAGAUAUGCAGGAGAUUAAGAACCAUAUUGCAAUGAUUGUCCCAAACUCAAUUUUUCUAUGUUCAGAAUCUAAUGAAGGAGUUCGCACAGAAGGAUGACUUAUCGAAUCAGGAAGAAAUCUAGCAGGAGAAGUCUUCGACUUCUUCGAUGAUGAGGAGGAUUGUGGACACGAAGUCACAAAAAUUAGCUUUAUCGGACAUUCAAUGGGAGGAGUGAUCAUUAGAUCAGCUCUUCCUCAUCUUGAGAAGUUCAAACACAUGUUCCAUGGUCUUUGUACACUUUCUUCCCCUCAUUUAGGGUAUGCUGCUUGUAACAACAAGUUGAUUAAUGUUGGUCUCUGGGCUUUUCAAACAUGGAAAAGGCAGUGAUCAAUAGAGCAGCUAUCCAUGACAGAUGCUAAAGAUAUAGAAGAUACUUUUAUGUAUAAACUCUCAAAGAAAAAGGGUCUAAAAUGGUUUAAACAUGUCAUGCUUUUCAGCAGUAUUCAGGACGGAUAUGUGACUUUUGACUCUUCAAGGAUUCAAAUUUUCAAGAAUACUACACUUUACGAUCCGAUAAGAGAGAUGAAAUAUAGAGAAAUGGCAAGUAAUAUAUUUAGAGACUGAGAUCAUACCACCGUAACCAGAGUAGAUGUAAAUUUCAGCAUAAGUAAUAAGUCGAUUGAUAGUAUGAUUGGGAGAAAAGCUCAUGUCUCUUUCCUCUCAAAUUCAGGAUUUUUAACAAUGUUCACAAACAGGUUCAAAGAAACUCUAUUUGAUCAAGCUAACUAGGUUUAGAUUUAAAUACAAGAAAUUUCUGUUUAUGAAAUUUCAAUU